CUUCGGGACCGCCUGUCAGGCUGCGGAAUGCACACCCUUGCACUUUCGAGUCGCGGUGGCGUCGCUCCUUCGCGCCUCCGCAUUCUCCGUCCGGCCAGUUGUCGCGAGGCGAUCGACCGGGGCAGACGUGUCGCGAGUUGUGCGAGGUUGUGCGUGACGCACUUGCAGGCCCCUUUUCCGCAGUGUGGCUGCACGCCCUUCUACGAGCACCCAAAGGUUGGCCUCGUCGUUGUCCACGAGAUAAGAGGGCAGCAUCGCAUGCUGGAGAGUCAGUCAUCGUCUGGCGGCUCACACGACACAUCAGUGCUGCGUGGCCGGGUCGACGGUCGCCUCCCGUCACUGCAACGGCCUGCUCUGCUCCGGGAUGUCUUCCGAAGGAACGUCUUCAUCAGCGACGGACCCGCUGUCAGUGCUUCCUACUGAGUUGGUGCUGCACAUCUGCUCCUUCCUGCCGCCCGAGGACCUGCUGACCACGGGGCAGCUGAGCCGGCGAUGGCGCUCGCUCACCAGGGACCCGCAAGUGUGGAGGCACGUCAACCUGUACCUGCUGUACAACUUCCCCCCCAGGACUAUUCCCGUCUUCGCUGGGCGACGUAAAACGUCCUUGUUCAGCCCGGUGCCCAUCAGGGUGCUGCGAGCGGCUCCGUUCGUCAAGACGCUUCGACUAGACGCCUGCAUUGGCAAGGAACAGGAACAGGCCCUGAUGGAAACAGCGGCUACGGUGGCCCGAAUCAAAAUCGAUUCCACAAGCUUCACGAAAUGGUCGAUUGUGUUGAAAGUCGUCAACAAGUUUGCUGUAUCGCUGGAGUCUCUGUCACUGCAAUGUGUUUCGCGCGACAUGCUUCGCUUUCUGGCCGAAGAGCCAUUCCCACGGCUUCAAACACUGAAACUGGGACUGGAUUAUAAGUACGAGCGUGCGGGGCCCUCUGAUUGGACUUACCAGGACCGUGGUCCCGGAGCCAGCACGCUAACGAAGCUUGUCUGUGAAGGGCUGGACGAGCAGCACGUGUACGCAGUCAGCUCACUGCUCAGCAGGCACCGCCACACUCUCCGCGAGGUGCUCAUCGACUCCCUACCAGCAUCGGGCGCUCGCGACGUGAUGCAGGCGGUGGCCCGGUGCGAGCAGCUGGAGCACGCCAUGCUACCACCAUGCGGCGCGCACCUCUCCUUGCUGGCCGCUCUGCCUGCGCUGCGCAGCCUCCGCCUGAAGGUUGAUGCCUGUGACGACGAGAGUCGUGGCAAACCCUGGCUGGACCUCCUGCCCCCGGGACUACAGAAACUGUCGGUCAGCUUCUGUUCCUACAAUUUGGAGUCAGUGUUGGCGGACCUGAAGAGGGCGGCGCCGCGGCUGCGGACGCUGCACGCGCUCAGCGUGGAGUGGUUCUCCCCGAAGGACGCGCAGGAGGCGGAACGCGUCCUGGUUCCGCUGCUGCCCGGCGUGCAGCAGACCCACGAUUUCAGUGAUGCUUGGAGCGCGGGUGAUGAAAAUGAACAGUUGGAGUGGAGCGAGGGUGAUGAACAGUGGAGUGAGGGUGAUGAACAGUGGGCCGAGGAUGACGAAGAUGUCGAAGAAGACGAUGGUGACGCAAAUUUUGAUGCCCUUGCCUAAGGGAUGCUGCUCAUGGAGUCUUCACUCUCGUUUCAGUAGCGUGACUUCACGUUGAAGCGAGCGUGACCAAAUGUCAGGCUUCUUUGAGCAUUGCGUCACGCUCGUUUGGAUUUGAAUCAGACUUAGCUCAUUCACCUUGGAACAAGCGCGACCCAAUGCCCAAAGGAGCGUGGCAUUUUUCACGCUCGCCUCAACGUGAUGUCAUGCUCCUGUUCGGGGUGUUCCACUUUACAACACUUUCGGGGGUUGCUCUCUCCUCGGAUGCGACUCGAGAGAUCGUCAUGCAAAUAUUGUGAUUCACAGAAGAUAGUUUGAAUCUUUCGACCUAAAACGAGCUAUGUAUCAAAAUCGGCACGGGCAGCAAGCCUUAUUAGCUGGAUCCAAAUACGAUAUUGGCCCAAUAAAAAGAGGAUAUUCGUACGGAACGGCCAGACCGUAACUGUGAAGAGUUCGCCGAAGUGCAGAGGUAAAGAGGGCCUGGCGGUGUUGUAGCCACUCCCUCCAUCCCUCCUCGCCUCUUGCCUGCGGUUGUACCCUUCUGAUUAUUCUUCACAUUUGCGGUCUUGCCACUCAUUGG